AUGCCCCGCGCCCUCUCCACCGCCCUGCGCGCCCGCAUCAAAGCCGACCUCGCCGCCGGUCACGACAUCAAAACCAUCAUGGCCACGCACGCCAUCUCGGACAAGAAAGCCCGCGCGAUGAAAAAGCUCUACGACAACUGCGGCGAGGUAUGGCUGCCGAAGAAGAAAGGCGCCCGCACCGGCCGCCCCCCCAAAAUCACCCCGGACCACGAAGAGCGCCUCCGCGCGUACCUCGCCGACCGCCCGGACGCCUACAUCAAAGACAUGUGCAAGUUCCUCGAGGGCGCCUGCGGCAUGCUGGUCGACGAGAGCACGAUGUGGCGGACGGUCCGGCGACUGGGGUGGCAAGCGCAGCGGGUCGUGAAGCCGAGGGACGCCCGGGGGUUCUGGGUGCAGACGCUGCCGCGGGACGAGUCGGGCAACGUGGUGACGAACGCGCAGAGGAGGAAGCCGACGAAGCGGCGGGAGCCGAGCAUGGACCCGAGCCGGGCCAUGGUGAAGCAGCUGAUGGCGAAGACGCGGGGGUUCGUCCGGGACUGCAUGGCGCGGGCGCCCUUCGACGUCGCGCACGACUACGCGCACGUGCGGCGCGUGCUGGCGCUGAGCGUGGAGAUACAGCGCGUGGAGCAGAAGAAGUACAGGCACAUCACGUUUGACGCGACGGUCACGGAGCUCGUGGCGCUGAUGCACGACAUCGACGAUCACAAGUUCCGGCAACCUCCCCCCACGCAGAACCACGCCUCUCUCCCAUCCCCACCCUCGAACCUGGACCCACAGUAUCCGAACCCCUCCCCCAUCGACCCAAACCUCCACCUCCCUCCCCCGCCGCUUCAACCCCCCAUCCCGCCGACACCAGCCGUAGAAUCCCAUCUCAUCAACCUCGGCUGGCCCCCCCACAUCGCCAUCACCGUCUCCAUCAUCUGCGCCUCCAUAUCCUACACGACCGAAACCCAGCACCCGGACAUCCACCUCUCCGCCCUGCGGCGCUUCCCCGAACUGGCCAUCGUGCAGGACGCGGACCGGCUCGACGCUCUCGGGGCCAUCGGCAUCGGGCGGACGUUCGCCUACGGCGGGGCCCGGGGCAGGGAUUUGGGGGACACGAUCCGGCAUUUCGAGGAGAAGUUGGUGAAGUUGGAGGGCAUGAUGAAGACGGGGGAGGGGAAGCGGAUGGCGCGGGCCAAGAGCGAGAGGAUCUCCAUGUUCAAGGAGUGGUGGGGGGAGGAGAUGGGGAUGGUGGGGAUCGGUGUGCCGGGAGGUGGGGUCGGGGUGGGAGACGAUGGUAUCGCUUUUAGCGGUGCCGAAAUGGGAGACGGUGGCAUGGGUGGCGAGACGGCGCGCAGGGCAAGCGAUGAAGAUCCAGGGAGGCAGCUGAUGGAGGCGAAUGACGGCUCGGAUGACGACGGUGAAAGCAGCGGGGAAGGGACUUCCAGUGAUUCAGCUUGA